UUGUAUUCCACCUUACGACGCAAGAUGACUGAAAUUCGUUUCGUUUGUAUAAAUACGAAUUUCCCGCUAUGACGCAUUUAAAACUCAAGUAACUAAAUGAGAAGGGAACGGGAUGUCGAAAGAGAAGGGAAAUAAUCGCCAUCGAGAUCGGUCGAUUUGUUUAAUCACUGAUCGUGUGACAUUCGAUUAUUCUAAAUUUUAUUAGGUCAUCUCAUUCGCUGUUUCGUUCCUAGACCGAUGACCUACUUUUGAGUUCUUACCAACACGAUCCAGUGUUUUUCCGGCAUCGACGCAUUUGACUCUUUUAUAAUGAAUGCGAGAUAUAUCGUCUAACGAUAAUUUCUUGUCGAUGGUGGCGAGCGACCUUUGCUUUAAUAAAUCGAAAGAAAAAAUAGACGUUCGAUGGAGGAAAAGGAUACGAUACUGUUCAACACAAAAGAGCGUCGUAGAGGUUAAGGUAUCGAAGCUGAGUGUUACGGCCCUGUACGAAGAAAGCCCGCGAGCUCCGCACGGUGGGAAAGAGAGAGGCGUCCCUGGUGCUCGGGUCGUAGCAAAUGAGAGUGCGAAAGAGGAAGACAGAUUCUACGGUAUAGAGAGGGAAAUAGAAAAAGAGAGGGAGUGAGAGAGAGAGAAAGAGAGAGAGAGAGAAAGAUGGUGCGCGCGCUUAAGAGAGGAACGCGAGAACCGAGGCACGCACCAUCGGGUAUCAAACCAGCUGGUUGGCAAGGGAGCCGCGCGCGAGCAGUUGCCAGUGAGACGCGGCAGCCCGCGAGCGUUUCAUUUGUCGUUCGUUCGUUCGUACCGUGCGUACGUACGUUCGCGAUACGUCUGCCAUCCGUCACCUAGAAAAUCCAUUAGUAACUCGUGUUCGUGCUCGUGCGUACGUUCCUUCGUCCGUUCGUACAUUCGUUCGGUUCGAUUAAUUAGAAAAUAUCGUGAGUGGUGAUAGCUCCUUGGCUGGCCGCUCGUUGUUCGACCCACGAUACCUGGCCCCCUUCGUCAAUCAACGUUUCUCUCCUCUCUCCUAUCUCUUUUCGCUCUCUCAUUUUAUCGCUCAUACAUAUAUAUAUAUAUAUAUAUAUUCCAUCAUUCUUUCUCGCUCCUUCCUUCCAUUACUCUUGGCGAUUGGAAGAGUAGCACCGUCCCUGUCGUUCUAUCGCUCUUACUCCCUCCAUCUUUCCCACUCGGUGUGCGUGCGUGUGUGUGCCUCUGUGUAGUAACCUGGGGUGUGCGCUGCGUUACGCUCUGAACGACCAAAUCAAGAUGGCCGCCGAUUCAGGAAUGGAGACGUGUCCCUCCCCGGAGAUCCCAGACUCCAGAAAGCGACCCCUCGACUGCGACGCGGAGGAUGGUGCGACAAAAAGGUCCCACUAUGGAUCAGGAGGAGAUGGAACGUAUCAUCUUAAAGUAUUGGUACCCGGUGUGGCUGCCGGAGCCAUUAUUGGUAAAGGUGGUGAAACCAUCGCUCAGCUUCAAAAGGAUUCAAUGGCAAGAGUCAAAAUGUCUAAAUCGCAUGACUUUUAUCCAGGCACUACCGAAAGAGUAUGUUUAAUAACUGGUAGCGUAGAAGCCAUAAUGUCUGUUAUGGAGUUCAUUAUGGAAAAAAUACGAGAAAAGCCAGAUCUUACAUCUAAAACCACAGUGGAUUUUGAAUCCGGUAAAGCAAUGGCAGAAAGAGACAAACAGGUAAAGAUCUUAGUCCCUAACAGCACUGCAGGGAUGAUUAUUGGAAAAGGUGGUAAUUACAUAAAACAAAUUAAAGAAGAAUCUGGAUCUUACGUGCAAAUUAGUCAGAAAGCUAAAGAUUUAUCGCUUCAAGAACGAUGUAUCACUGUAAUAGGUGAUAAAGACAAUAAUCGAAAUGCAUUAAUGAUGAUCCUAGCAAAAGUAGCAGAUGACCCACAAAGUGGUACAUGUUUGAACGUCAGUUACGCAGAUGUAAGUGGCCCAGUUGCCAAUUACAAUCCUACGGGCAGUCCAUAUGCUCAGGCUCCAACAAGCACACCUACGUACACUUCCACUGCUGGUCUUAAUACAGUAAGUCUCUUGAAUGGCGCUGGACUGAGCCUUAACUUGAACUUAGGUGCUGCUAUCACUGCUGGUACAGCUCCAGUAACAACGCAACUUUUAGAACAUAUAAAGUUGAACUUGCGUACAACAGGUUUCUCAGAACCUGCUGCCACUGAAAUUUUAACCGCCAUUGCUACUCUUGCAAAGUACAAUAUCCUUGGGAUGGGUAUCGGAAUGCCAUCGAGUAUGAGUUAUUUGGGAAAUCCAAUGGAUAAUGCUACCACAGCCAAUGGUUCUAACAAUAAUGGUGGAGUCUUCGGGCCAAUUGGAACAGUUCCUGCGCUGGGAUCAACUUCGCCUACUCCACGCACUACCAUAGACAGAUACGAGCCCUUUGAUCCGUUUAGACAGAACAACACUGCUGCCAGUGCCAUUCAUCUGAACAACAAUUCAUUUGGUCUGGGCACUAACCAGCUAUCACUUGAAAAAUAACUUGAUGGAUUACAAAAGUUCAACGGCAAGGAGAAGUCAAGAAUGGAGCUUCUUUCUACAUAUGUGACAAUAUUUGCAUGUGUACGUAAAUCAAAUGAAUGUAUAGUAAGUACUUCUUCAAUGCUACAUUUAUUAAGGUGUGAUGAGUGUUAAAUAAUGCCGAAGUGUAAAAUUCUGUACAGAAAUCAGAGUUGCAUAUAGUGAAGAAUUGUCCAAUCGCAUAGAAAAGUGGAUGUGACUAGAGUCUUUUCUAAGUACCUCAAUUUGUGCCACUGGCAUAUAGUACAAGUAAUAACUGCUUUCUAUUAUCGGUAUAUAUUUUGUUAAAUGAUUCUCAUAAUACUAACAUUUAGAUGUUAGUUACAUUUAGAUAACAAUUAUAAAGAUAUCAUUAGAUGCUAAUCUAAUAUCUAAUUGGCUCUACAAUGUACAGUUAUUUUUUGAAAUAAAAGGCAAUAACAAUGUACAUGAAGUGGCAAAACAGUAUUGGUUCGCCGACCAGUUACCUACGAGUUGUUUAAAGGAGAAUUCAGUGUUGUAUCCAUGAGCCGGCAGUCAUUGUUGAUCUUAGAUGAGUCUUACUUCAUGUAACACUUUGUUUUUGUACAGUUUAAAAUAUUUCAUCCACUAACUCAAUAAGUAACUAUGCGACAUGAUCUCUGUCUGUGUCGUAAUAUUUAGUUAUACAAAAUUAUUAGAUAUAGGUGUGUAGGUAGUCUCUUAAAUCUCUUAUAAAAUUACAGUUACAGUUUCAACAUUUUAAUUAAUAAGGAUGAAAUAUUUGAAGUAUCUACCGAGUGAGUAAAUAAUUAUGCUCUCGCACGAGGAGAUGUAGUGUAGUAAUCAGGGAACUGUAGGAAUUGCAUUGACUCGCCUCGAUUCUAAUAUGACUAUUGUUACAGUAACUAUAAUUGAAUUUGACACAUGUUAUCUCAUGAGAUGACAUACGUGUCACAUUACUUGGCUGUGUGUGCUAGGCUACAUCCUGAAUCAUGCUCCAUCAUCCAUCACUCCACUCUCGCAUAGAUUACAUUAAUCUUUAUAAGAAAACAAAUAUCUAACAAUAUUUUAUUGUUACAUAGUAAGUAUCUGAACAAAAUUAACAAAUAUUUGAUACCAGAAAAAUUUCUGCAUUACAUUUGUGUUCCAUCCAAUCACUUUAGUGCCAUAUUGAUACCACCAUCAGCCACACUUGUUGACACUUGACAGUAGAACGUGUUGUUAAAGAUGUGUAUAUUCUGCCAAAGUGCAGAUUGUUUUGAAUAAAGUCGGACUAUACUUAUUUCUCAUUAUAUAGAAAAUCUUGUUACAAAGUAUUAUAAA